AUGACCGAGACGCACUCCGUGCUCAUGGUGUGCCGCUCUUUGCUUGGAAAGGUCCGCUAUACGGACGAAGAUCGGCCAUCCGCGGACGCUUUGCAGCGCAGUUGCCUCGGGGAGGCCGCUUCCUACGACUCGGUGCUCGGGGAUCGGCUGAAGAUCCAUGGGACCUUCCGGGAGUUCGUCCUGUACCACGAUGAUCAGGUCUAUCCGGAGUUCAUCGUCGUUUACGAGCGGAAGUUCUUCCACGAACGAUUUCAGGAAAUCUACGAGCAGAUGGUUCAACGUUGCAGGCGACGAUCGUUUCAGGGCCCCACACGCGAAGAGGAAGAGGUCCUGCGCUCCUUGUGGGACCGAUACGCCAUGCCGCACCAGGGCCGCAUUGACAAGUGGCAACUUCUGGAUCUUUUGAAGGCCAUCAACCAGCCGCCCGAGAACGAGGAGGAUGACCUGGAUGCCACUUUUGAAGAGAUCAACACCAGUCGGAGUGGCUGGAUCACUUGGGAGGAGUUCGCUGCCGAGGUGGUAGAGCGCGUUCAGAAUGCCUGCCGGUGA